AUGGAGAAAAUUGCUGUAACCCCAAAACUUGAUCUUCCUCUGUUACACUUCCCGAAUUCUCGUAAACCCAUUUCGAUUCCGUCUCCGAUUCUUCGAUUCUCGACCUUCAAACGUCAUAAGGAAAGGUCUCGUCUUGCAUCUUCUUCUUCGCGUCUAGGGUUUAAAACAGAGUUCGAGUCUGAUUCAGAGAAGAACCUUGGUGUGAUAAUGGACAACACUACUGUCCGAAGAAGAUUGGUCGGUUUUGCCGCCGCCGUUGCCGUAGCGUGUUCUUCGUGGAUCGGCUGUGAUUCUCCGGCACUCGCUGAGUCUCUGACCAUCGCUUUCCCCAUUUCACGUGCUCGUGAGGUUACUACAGUACAGAGAACUCUUGUGGAAGCUUGGGGUUUGAUUAGAGAAACAUUCGUCGAUCCAACUUUUAAUCAUCAGGAUUGGGAUUCAAGAUUGCAGCAGACAAUGGUGGAAAUGUUUCCUUUAAGAUCAGCAGAUGCUGCUUAUGGAAAGAUCAAAGCCAUGCUCUCUACGCUUGGUGAUCCUUUUACUCGAAUCAUUAGUCCAAAGGAGUAUCAAAGUUUCAGAAUCGGUAGCGAUGGUAAUCUCCAAGGUGUUGGUCUUUUCAUAAACUCAGAACCAAGAACAGGUCACCUGGUUGUUAUGUCUUGCAUAGAAGGUAGCCCAGCAGAUCGUGCUGGUAUACAUGAAGGCGAAGAAUUAGUCGAGAUAAAUGGCGAGAAACUGGAUGGUAUCGAUAGUGAAGCAGCAGCGCAGAAGCUGAGAGGCCGAGUUGGAACAUUGGUUACUAUCAAACUAAAGAGUGUCAAUGGAACAGGGACAGAUUCCAAUAUCAGAGAGGUUAAGUUACCUCGAGAUUACAUUAAGCUCUCUCCGAUAUCCAGUGCCAUAAUCCCACAUACAACACCUGAUGGCCGUUUAGCAAAAACCGGUUAUGUCAAACUCACAGCGUUUUCGCAGACUGCAGCAUCCGAUAUGGAAAAUGCGGUUCAUGAGAUGGAGAAUCAAGAUGUUCAGUCAUACAUUCUAGAUCUAAGGAACAAUCCGGGAGGUUUGGUUAAAGCAGGACUCGAUGUUGCACAGUUAUGGCUUGAUGGAGAUGAGACCCUUGUGUAUACGAUCGACCGAGAAGGGGUUGCAUCACCAAUAAAUAUGAUUGAUGGACACGCUGUGACUCACGAUCCACUUGUUGUGCUUGUGAAUGAAGGAAGUGCAAGUGCAAGCGAGAUUUUGGCAGGUGCUUUACAUGAUAACGGUCGAGCUAUACUUGUUGGUAACCGGACAUUUGGGAAAGGGAAAAUCCAGAGCGUAACGGAGCUAGACGACGGGUCAGCUUUGUUUGUGACAGUAGCUAAGUAUUUAUCGCCGUCUCUACACGAAAUUGACCAAGUAGGGAUCGCACCUGAUGUACAGUGUACCACGGAUACGAUCAAUUCUUUGACCGCUGAGAUACUUAUGAAGAUGAACAGUUCGGUUCCAUUGCUUAAAGCAGAUUCAUGUGUUAUGGUCGCUGAGCACGAACUGGAGACUCGACGAUCCAAUGGUACAGCUUCUUGA